GACAAAAGAGUCACAAACCAGCAUCUCUCUCGUGGUUUCUCGACAUGUUGUUACCGAUCAUAGCCGCGACAUCAUCAAGUCGCCCCGAGUCGGCUCGUACGGCUUGUGGUUUCUACGUAUCUUCACGGACCUCUUUUAUGCUAUUGUGCCGCCGCGAAGGGAGGUUCGGCUAGAAAGUAAUAUCUUGAGAUUCCCCGCUGUCGUAUUUUUUGUAAUUUCUUAAUAAAACGCUUGUUUGGGGGGAGUCAACAACUCCCUCUUUCACCACUUCCAAUCAACUAUGGGUCAAGGCCUCGGCGCUUUCCUGCAGAGCCAUUCGCUGGCGCCGGAUUUCUACCCCCCAAUCGGGGCGAAGAGUAUCAGGCCGCCCUCGCCCACCACGCCAGACGGCGUUUCCCCCGCGCAGCAGCGCCGCGAGCGGCAGGAAACGCUGCGGCGGCAUUUCACGCUGAAGUACGCGGACUUUUUCGAGAAGCCGCUGCUGUUGAAGGGGCUCAAAGCCGUGCCGGACACGACGCACGGGAAGUACGUCGAUACCAAGAACGAGGUGAAAAGUCUCAACGACGCCAGCCUUCUCUGCGACAAGGCGCCCCGCUGCCGGUACUUUGCGUGGGACUCGAAGCGGCAGAGCGUCACCCUGAUGGAGGGGACCAGGUUUGAUCUGGACUCGGAUGAGAAUGUCACCUCUGGAGAGCACUACGACCGGGUCCUGCGGGCGGACUACCGCAACCCGCCGCUGCCGGAUAUGGGAUUCUCAAGCGUUACAUUCUCAACUGUUGCAUGAGUUUGUGAUGCAAAAUUACCAUUAGGAAUCCGUGCCAAAUCAUCUGUAAUGCAAGACACGGAUGGAUCCCCCUUUCAGUUUGGCUGUUUUUGCAUGACAAAUUUUUGCAACAGUUGAGAGUGUAACGUUUGAGAGCCCCAUACCGGAGGAGGCGACGGAGGUGGAGAAGAAAUUCCACGCCGGACUCGUGAAGGCCCGGGACUUAUUAGAUGCAAAUGUGUCUGGGUGGUCUGGAAGAGUACGAACUUGUGAUGCGUCUUGGGGAUCACACAAAAAUCUGUGUUGCAUGACUUGCAAACGGUGCUGCUCAUUUGCAUUUCUAAUUCUGGCCAUGCUGAGAGGGCAUUUCUCAUGCAGAAUAGGCACUACCAAGGCACCGCAGAACCUGUGAUGCUAAGUACGCCCUGCACUCCAAAGUUGGUGGAGCUUGGAAAAACUGCAUGACAAAUCUCGGACUCUUCCAGAUCCAGACACAUUUGCCAUGCAUAGGACUCCCUGCACCUGCCGCCGCACCCCGUCGACCCGGGCACGCUCCUCUUCGCGAACGCGAAGACUGCGUGCCACGAGACCCUCCGCGUCGCGCCCAACGUGUUUGAGGCGAGGGAUGCCGCGGUGUUGUGCAAGAACACCCCCAAGUGCACGCACUGGACCAUGACGACCGUGGCGUCGCCCUGGAAUUACCUCUCCGACGACGACGACACCCGAAUUUUCACCAAGCUCUGUGGCGGAAGCGACGUGGAGUUACUGCCGGAAAGCGGCACGGUCUCCGCCGUCCGGAUCGUCGCGCCCUCGAUAACGGAUAGCACCACUGCCGACGACGAUCCGAGUCGUGUUGGUACUACUUCUAUGGCCGGAGCUACAAGUGCCGCAAAUGCAAAUGCAGCAGAUGCAAACAACCCGACCAGCCAGUUGCACCCACCGCAGCAGGAGAUCGACGAGUCGGCGGACGAAACCGCGGCGCUGGCAAAUCUGGGAAAGGAAAGCGUCCCGCAGUACCCAGUGACGCGGUUGUCUUCCGGCGCGACGAAACCGCCCGACAACGGGCCGAUCGGCAUUCCGUUGCUGUACAAAAAGCUCCGCGAAGUGAUCGGGUCGUCCUCUUCUGUCACCACACGACACACCGCCCAGGACCCGAAUGAUUUGGACAGUUUGGCGAACAAAUCCGCCUGUGAAAAAUGGCCCAACGCGUGUCGGGAUUGGGUCGACUUUUUGUACCCGAAGGAGCUGAAGGAUAAGUUUCCCCCGGGCUCCGGCGCGCCGCCCCCGCUGAGCUAUAUGAGAGUGCACAACUACAAGUACAAUUACUCCGCCUCUCUCAUUUGCACCUGGAUGGCAACAACAGCAACACAAGUGCUGGCACAGAUGCAGGUUUUGCAAGACAAGUCCAGCGCGACCGAUUCUAAUGCUGUUUGGGCUUCGGGAGUCUGGCAUGGAAGAAGUGCCACAGGGCAAAGAGUGGAUUUGGGAUUUUGCAUACCAAAUGAGGGGCGGUGGGAGGGCGAGG